CAUACCCGAAUUUUAUUUACCCCCCCUGUGUGAUUUAUAUUAUUAUUGUAUGCUAAGCAGUCAUCAUUACCACUCAGACAAACAUAGUAGUGGUGAAGGGGAUGGACCCGAUAAUAAUAACACCCAUCAUAUACCACCAAGUGAUAAAGAUUAUGCUCAAAGAAUGCAACAAAUCGAUGAUUUAAAAUAUUUCUUGGCCACAGCGAAUGAUGGAUGGGAUGCUACGUCGACCUCACUUCAAACGCCAUCCUAUCAAGUGCAUACAUUCCCACUUCCGACGGGGGAACAUAUCUCAUGCGUGUUAUGGAAUAACCUUUAUCAUAUUACCGGCACCGACAUUGUACGAUCCUUAGUGUUUCGAUUCCAUGCCUUUGGUCGGCCUGUUCAAAACUUGAAAAAAUUUGAAGAAGGUGUAUUUAGUGAUCUUCGUAACUUGAAGCCAGGUCAGGAUGCUUGUUUGGAAGAACCUAGGUCUGACUUUCUCGACAUGUUAUACAAAAACAAUUGUAUUCGGACCAAAAAGAAACAAAAAGUGUUUUAUUGGUUUUCUGUCCCGCAUGACCGCUUGUUCCUGGAUGCCCUUGAACGUGAUCUGAAAAGGGAAAAACUGGGUAUUGAAACCACUAGCAUUGCUGUAGCCGAACCUGCCACUUCUCUUUCUUUGGACUCAACUCAAGAAUUAUUUGAUCAUCUGAGGAAAUCUUUAUCCCUGAUCCCUUCUUCUCAUCCUGAUGAUACCGAAGACGAUGAUCUCAACAACAAAUUGGCUUCUUCUUCUUCUAAAUCUUUAGUGGAUGCCUCGUCAAUCAAGGUUUGGAACGAUCAAACCCAAUUGGGUAAUGCUGAAGCACCGAUAGCAUCACGCGAUUCUUUUGGUCUGGGACAAUAUGAACAUCGUCGAACGAAUAGUAAUCUAUCUAUAAGAUCAUGUCCUUCGUCUUUCAAUGAUGAUGAUGAUGAUGAUUCUUUUUACGACAAACAAGAAAAUAAUCGAUUAUUACAACAUCAUCCUUUUCGACCAUCUAGAUCUUUGGAUCUUCAAAUGACAAAGAAGAUUUUUGGGAAAUUACCACUUUUCGAUGGGUCUCCUACUUAUAAACAAAGGCGUCAUCGUGCUGCAUCCACCAGUCAUCAAAGUGGUACAACCUCUCCACUUUCAUUGUCACCUGCUUUUGCAAGAAAGACUAUUGUUGGACGUGGCACUUGUGCUUCUUCUCCUAUAUGUGACACGAAACAACAACAACAACAACGAUCUUCUUCAAGUCGAUUGAUGAAAGCAGCAGUCAUGGCAGGUUAUCAUCAACAACAACAAUGGGAAGCCAAGUAUGAUAAUAAUAAUAAGCAUGAUAAUGAUGAUAACAAGAAAGAUCAUUCAAUCACCUUAUCAGAUGACGAUGAUGAUGAUGAUAAUGAUGAUGAAGAAGAUCAAACCAAUGAUGAUAACAAGGCAUUGAUUUCUACGGCUUCUUAUAAUGCUUUGGCGAAAGCUACUAGUGCAUUGGCUUCAGUGAUGGGUGAUGAUCCUCGAUCAAGAUGUACAUUUACUUGUCCUUUACAUUCCUGUGGUCGAUUAUUUCGUCGGUUGGAACAAUUGAAACGUCAUCUUCGUACACAUACAUUACAUCGACCUCAUUUUUGUCAAACAUGUGGUAAACGAUUUUCCCGUUCGGAUAAUUUGACUCAACAUAAAAAGAUACAUCAAAAACAGGCAUCAAAUGAUAUACAACAACAACAGCCACCAUCUUUUGCUUCUUAUUCUGCUGAUGAUGACAACAAAUUCUAUCCUAUCAUGGAACCUUUGACUUUAUUGAAUGAUGAUAUCAAACCAGAUGAUACCUUUCUUUUCGACUCUGAUCAACAACAACAACAACAACAAUUUCAAUCAUGGAUGAUGAGAGGUCCAUGGAUGGAUGUUUAUGAUGGUAGUCUUAACAGUAGUCUUUGUAGUAGUCCAGUGAUGAAUGACCCAUCUUAUCAACAGUAUGUGGUUUCUGGAGCAUCAUCUAUUGUGCCUUCUCCUUCUUCUUCGACAUCCUCUCCUUAUGCCAAUUCAACCAAUGAAUAUCAUUAUCAACUCCAGCGUCAACAAAUGAAUGCAUUACAACAAGCUUUGGCAUCAUGUAUGAAAACAACCAAUCCCUUCUCUUCUUCUUCUUCUUCUCAAUCCAUCCCAUGGAAUUCUCAAUCAUCUGGAUCUCUUUUGACUUCACCUUUUGUUCCACCUUUUUCUAUGGAGGAGGACGAUGUUGUAAAUGAUUGGACCCAUUGGACAAAGGUAGCUAAAUCACCCACAACCAUGAAUUUGAACGAUCUUCAUUCCUUUGAUGCUUCAUCGUAAUGGUUCUUUUUUUUAUAUGAUAUUCCCUAUAUGCAUAUCUCCUCUGAUUUACUUUUUUUUUUUUAUUUACUAUUAUGAUAACUAUGAUCUAUGAUUUAUGGCUUUCACCUUUUUUUUUUAUAUGCAUUUUUUUUUAUCUAUUUGAACAAACAAACGAAAGGAUCUUAAUACUAUAUAUUAGUAUGAUAUGAUUCUCUCUCUCUAACAUGUUUAAAAAAGAGGACCCUUUC